AUGUCGGAAAUCCAUAAAUCCCCGAUUGUGGUGGACAAGGACGUUCUGGAACCGUAUUUGUCCGAAUUCAGACUGCAGGUGGCCUGCGAUGGGAUUCAUAUUCAAUGGGCCAAGGGAAAUCCUCGUCAUCCCCGGAAUUGGAGCUUGCUUCGUAAGGUCCACGAUGCUAGCUUGAUAAUCUUCCUGGAGCUUUUUACGACUGCGAUCAGCACAGCUGGUUCAACGACCGCCCACUAUGCCGCCGGCGAGUUUGGCAUUCGAAAAGAGCUGUCUAUCUUUCUCUUCGUCUCCAUAUAUUUACUGGGCCAGGGCAUCGGUGCCAUCAUUUUUCCCCCAUACUCGGAAGCGUUCGGGCGCAAAAAUCUCUACAUCGUCAGUACGGCAUUGUACAGCGUUGCCUGCGUCAUCGUGGCCUCCGUUCACUGCCUUUCUGGCGUCGUCAUCGGUCGUUUCGUUAGCGGUUUCCUCUCGGCCAUUCCGACCACCGUUGUGAUGGGUAGUAUUGAAGACAUGUUCAAUUCGAAGGAUCGAGUCUGGAUGGUAUGCUGCUGGGCUGUGGUGUCGAACUUGGGAUUGAUCGUCGGGCCCAUCAUGAGCACCUUUGUCACGGCGGAUCUGGGGUGGAGAUGGUUAUUUUAUCUCGCCACGAUAGUGACCGGCGGCCUCGCCCUUCUCCUGCUGGGGAUUCGUGAAUCUCGCCCGUCCAUGGCAUUGGCCAAGGAGGUUGCGAAACUUCGGAAAGCCACUCAGAUCGAGACGCUCGAAGGAUUGAAUCCCGAUGAGACGCCGGAUUGGCAGACCUUCGUUCGAAUUGCGCUGUUCCGACCGGCGCGACUCUUCUUCACCGAGCUCAUCGUGUUCAUUGUCUCGAUCAUGAGCGCCGUUGCCAUCGCCCUGGUUUACCUUUUCACGGAGGUUUUACCUCCGGUGUACGAGGAAUUCGGGUUCAGUCCGAAGCAAGCGUGUCUCCCUUUCCUAGCGAUCGGAAUCGGACUGGCCUUUGGAGUUCUGACUCGCUGCCUUGACCUGCACAUUAUAGAGAAGCACCGUCAGCAGGGCCGGCCGCUGUUACCGGAACAUAAGCUGGCGGGAUUCUGGAUUGGAACGCCCAUCCUGGCCGGGGCCCUCUGGGUCUUUGCGUGGACCAUCCCGCCGGAGGUAACCAAUGUGCACUGGACGGUGUCGACCCUGGCGCUGGUGCUGAUCGGAUAUGCAUUGAAUGAAAUAGACUACGUGCUAAGUGGAUACCUCACGGACAGCUACCUGAGCUACGCCGCCAGCGGACUGGCGGCCCUUAGCCUGGUCCGGGCGCUGUUGUCGGCCGCGCUGCCACUCAUCGCAGUCCCCAUGUUCUCGGAUUUGGGCGCCAAUGUCGCGGUGUCCGUGUUGGCGGCCAUCGCCACCGUCUUCUGUCUCGUUCCGCCGUUGUUUUCGCGGUAUGGCGAGACGAUUCGGGCCCGAAGUCAGUUUGCCAAGUAUAGUCUGCGCAUGUAUAAUGAGAGUAGUGUCGACGAGAAUGGGUAUUAGGAUAGGCAGCAGCCUCGGUGGAUAAGCAUGGUUUUAGAAAUGGAGUGACAGAUCGUCAAUCGAGCACAGGAUGCUAUACGCAGGAGCGUGUCAUUUGUUUGCUUUCUGGAGUCAGUGAUUGCGAAUCGGACUGAAGAUGACAGUUCGCUCUGGAAUAGUUUUCCUUUUUAUUAUUAUUGUUUUGUGUUGGUUGCUUUUGUUUGCCCCUCGUUUGUUGUCCCGGACUGAAGUUUUGAGAGAUUUGAGACAUUAGAGACCGAGGAUGAGCCAGAGUGAAAUAGAUGAAGCCG